AUGUUUAUCGUUAUCAAAAAGCAACAGAUGCGUGACGCUAGAGUUUACACUUUUGAUGCAGUUAGCAUGAGUAAGACUAAUAAGAGUAAGACUAAUAAGAGUAAGACUAAUAAGAGUAAGACUAAUAAGAGUAAGGCUAAUAGGAGUAAGACUAAUAAGAGUAAGACUAAUAAGAGUAAGGCUAAUAAGAGUAAGACUAAUAAGAGUAAGACUAAUAAGAGUAAGACUAAUAAGAGUAAGACUAAUAAGAGUAAGAGUAAGACUAAUAAGAGUAAGACUAAUAAGAGUAAGACUAAUAAGAGUAAGGCUAAUAGGAGUAAGACUAAUAAGAGUAAGACUAAUAAGAGUAAGACUAAUAAGAGUAAGACUAAUAAGAGUAAGACUAAUAAGAGUAAGGCUAAUAGGAGUAAGACUAAUAAGAGUAAGACUAAUAAGAGUAAGACUAGUAAGAGUAAGACUAAUAAGAGUAAGACUAAUAAGAGUAAGGCUAAUAGGAGUAAGACUAAUAAGAGUAAGACUAAUAAGAGUAAGGCUAAUAGGAGUAAGACUAAUAAGAGUAAGACUAAUAAGAGUAAGACUAAUAAGAGUAAGACUAAUAAGAGUAAGACUAAUAAGAGUAAGACUAAUAAGAGUAAGAGUAAGACUAAUAAGAGUAAGACUAAUAAGAGUAAGACUAAUAAGAGUAAGACUAAUAAGAGUAAGGCUAAUAGGAGUAAGACUAAUAAGAGUAAGACUAAUAAGAGUAAGACUAGUAAGAGUAAGACUAAUAAGAGUAAGACUAAUAAGAGUAAGACUAAUAAGAGUAAGACUAAUAAGAGUAAGACUAAUAAGAGUAAGACUAAUAAGAGUAAGGCUAAUAGGAGUAAGACUAAUAAGAGUAAGACUAAUAAGAGUAAGUCUAAUAAGAGUAAGUCUAAUAAGAGUAAGACUAAUAAGAGUAAGACUAAUAAGAGUAAGACUAAUAAGAGUAAGAGUAAGACUAAUAAGAGUAAGACUAAUAAGAGUAAGACUAAUAAGAGUAAGACUAAUAAGAGUAAGGCUAAUAGGAGUAAGACUAAUAAGAGUAAGACUAAUAAGAGUAAGACUAGUAAGAGUAAGACUAAUAAGAGUAAGACUAAUAAGAGUAAGGCUAAUAGGAGUAAGACUAAUAAGAGUAAGACUAAUAAGAGUAAGGCUAAUAGGAGUAAGACUAAUAAGAGUAAGACUAAUAAGAGUAAGACUAGUAAGAGUAAGACUAAUAAGAGUAAGACUAAUAAGAGUAAGGCUAAUAGGAGUAAGACUAAUAAGAGUAAGACUAAUAAGAGUAAGACUAAUAAGAGUAAGACUAAUAAGAGUUAG